AUGCAAUGUAGAUGGAGUCCUGUCGUAUUCCUGCCGCCGAACGACACCGCCUGCUUCGACACGUUUGCCGUGCAAGGCAAAGAGCUGGGAGGCAAAGGCACGGCCCUGCGCCGCCGCAGUGUCGAGGCGCUGUCCACCAUAUUCUCAGGCCUCGAAAAGGGGGCGAUUUACCAGUUCGAGGUUGUCGCAAACAGCAAGACCAAGGGGGACGGCAAAGCCGUGCUUGCGCGCGCUGCGCUGCCGCCCUCGCUCCUGGACGCGCGCCCCGGCCCGCCUGAGCGCUUCCGCGCCGUCGCAGUCGGCGGCACGUCGGUGCGGGUGACCUGGGAACUUCCCGCGGGCAACCCGCGCCUGGACGGUUACAUAAUCAACGUGCGGGAGACGAACGAGACGGGCUGGCCGUUGCCCAAUGCGCCGGCACCAAUGGCCCUGCGAGCGGGGCCAAAGGACACUGCGGCUGUGGUGAAGGGCCUGGCCGCUGGCAGAUUCUAUGCAUUCAUUGCCCAGGCUGUCUCCAAGCGCUAUGGCGACAGCGACCCGGCCUAUGCAUUCAGAGGGACCCCUGCCGGCGGCCAGGGCCCGCCCAGGGCGCCGCGCAACCUCGGGGCCCAGGCGGUUGGCAACGGCACAGUGGUCCUGCACUGGAACAUGCCUGAGGGGAGUUCCCCUGACCUAUUCAUGAUAAAUAUUACACAGGUGGACCCCGCCAGCGGCCGGCCCCUCAGCGCCACCAACACAAUCCCCUACCGCAACACCACCGCCGUAAUCGGCGAACUCGUCGACGGCGCCUCCUACAAAUUUGUCGUCCAGUCGCUGUCGGUUGCCUACGACGACGGCGCGUCAUCCUCUCUGACAUUCAUGCUCCCUGACGCCGGCCGCGCGGUGCUGCCGGCCGGCGCGCCGCGGGCGGUGCAGGGGCUGGGGGCGGCGCCCCGGGGGCCGGGUGGGGCGCGCGUCACUUGGCAGCCGCCGGCGGGCGGCCCCAGGCCCGACGACUACCUUGUGCAGGUGUCGGAUCAGGGCACUGGCCGCCCCCUGGGCACGAGCUACGUGACAUCAUCAUCUGAGUUUGGGCUGACUCGGCUGCCCUGUGGCAAUCCUCUGGAGGUCAUAGUGCAGGCAAUCAUCGGCGGCCUGUGCUUUGGUCCCCCACAGGUCACCGUCCUCACGCUGCCUCCCCCGCCCCCAGUGGUGGUGGUGGUGGCGCCGCCUCCUCUCAUUGUCAACACGUACAUAAUCGGCGGCCUGCCCUGCGCCUGGCCGCCGGUGAUCCCUUUCUUCGAUCCCUUUGUCUUCAG